UCCUGUCGACAUGUCUACAAUCAGUAGCUCUUCCACCAUGCGUCUCGUAGCAUGUUUGUGGGUGAUGCUACAUGUACUGCCACAAGGAGUCAUCACCUUUUUCCCCAGCAGACUGUCAGGUGUCGACAUAGGAGAUGGAACAUUGACUCAUGCUGACAUUACUGAGGUCGGGAUAUUGAAGGCUGUAGCGUCCAACUUUGAGGCCAACCCUAGGCCGAACAGCACCCUUGCAGCUGGCGAUCUGACGCAGAUGAAAAACAUCACGACGAGAAAACUGUUCCAAGCUUACUAUGGAGAAGGCGUGUCAGAAACUCGUUUUCAGGACACCAUUACCAGCAUCAUCAAUGCCAACAACCAAGUAAAUCUGAAUCUGUUCAAUGUGUCUGCCUGGCACUGUAACGGCGAAACCAUCAGGGAAGCAAACCAGAAGAUGAUGAACCUAAGAGAACAGGCCAUAGCCGUUUUGUCACAGAGCAAUACAAACUUUGACCAGGCCAGAAAUUUGAUUGGGCAAUUUCUGCACAUCUUGCAAAUGUUUUACAGCAACACAAACUGGAUUGAGUUCAGCGGAGCUGUUCCAUACUACUCCCUCGGAAUACGAAACAAACCACUGCUUGGUCAAGCACCGCCGGUAAUGGACGCCUGCGUAUCAUGUGGAGGAGAAUUGGACAAAAUGUGUGAAGACAAUAUAAUUGUGGAUGGCAAGAUUCUAACAAGUGGUUACAGAAGUGGACAAGAUGCUGUCAAACCUCACAAACACCACAGCAUCUCAAACACCGGGAAGUGCAGUCAUGGCGGUCCGUUGGACGACACCAGUUCAUCAGUGGCAGCCCUGGGGGGCAUCAACAAAGACUCUACCCUCGGGUCCCUCUCCCCCCACAGCCACCUCCACCAGGCGGCAGCACAGGCAGCCAUUGAACACACCACUUACUUCUUUGAUGAUGAAGAAUACGGAAUCAGGGGUAUCAUCGGGAUCAAAAAGUUCAACGAAUUAUUCCAACUGAAACCUGAAGCCUCGGUUGUAUUCGUCAUAGACUAUUCUGGUUCCAUGAAAGAAGACAUUGCCGCAGUUUCGUCUGUGAUACGGGCUACUUUGGAAAAACCAGUUAAUUACAUACUCUCCCUCUUCAGUGACCCUUUGUCCAAAAGCAGGGUUUACUUGACCGAUGAUGGAAACGAUGCGCUAAGAUACCUGGACGAGAUCAGCAUUUCUGGUGGCGAGGAUUGUCCAGAAUAUGCUAUGGAUGGACUAAUGAAUGCUCUGACUGUUUGUAAUUACAACAUCGACGUAUUUGUCUUCACCGAUGCCUCGGCUAAAGAUGCACCUUUACACGUCGCGGUGCUGUCACUGGCGGCGCUGAAAAACGUCCACUUGCAAUUCAUAUUAACCGGUGAUUGUGGCUUUUGGAAUAAGCCGACAGGUGAGGAUUUAUACAGAACACUGGCCACAGCUACUGGAGGCUCUGUAUACUUCACAAACAAGGACGGCAUCGCCACAGUUGUUGACAUAAUAAAGGAAUCGCUAACGCCUUCAGUCACUAUCGCCAAAUCAUCAAUAUCAGCAUCUGACGUGAAUGUCACAUUUCCUGUGGAUCAGACCAUUCUACAAGCAACAAUUAAGAUUGUAACUUUGGACAGAAAUACGCCCGUGUAUAUACUAGGAGAAUUGGACAAAAUGUGUGAAGACAAUAUGAUUGUGGAUGGCAAGAUUCUAACAAGUGGUUACAGAAGUGGACAAGAUGCUGUCAAACCUCACAAACACCACAGCAUCUCAAACACCGGGAAGUGCAGUCAUGGCGGUCCGUUGGACGACACCAGUUCAUCAGUGGCAGCCCUGGGGGGCAUCAACAAAGACUCUACCCUCGGGUCCCUCUCCCCCCACAGCCACCUCCACCAGGCGGCAGCACAGGCAGCCAUUGAACACACCACUUACUUCUUUGAUGAUGAAGAAUACGGAAUCAGGGGUAUCAUCGGGAUCAAAAAGUUCAACGAAUUAUUCCAACUGAAACCUGAAGCCUCGGUUGUAUUCGUCAUAGACUAUUCUGGUUCCAUGAAAGAAGACAUUGCCGCAGUUUCGUCUGUGAUACGGGCUACUUUGGAAAAACCAGUUAAUUACAUACUCUCCCUCUUCAGUGACCCUUUGUCCAAAAGCAGGGUUUACUUGACCGAUGAUGGAAAUGAUGCGCUAAGAUACCUGGACGAGAUCAGCAUUUCUGGUGGCGAAGAUUGUCCAGAAUAUGCUAUGGAUGGACUAAUGAAUGGUGAGGAACAUCACUGUGUUAUGCUGAUAACUUAA